UAGAGUUUUUGGUUAAAUUUAGAAGAGACUAUAAGCAAAACUACAAGAGACAUUCUAUCUGAUACAAUUACUACAAUGUUGAGUAAAGGGACAAGUUGAAGACAAGUGCUCUAACUAAUACUGAGGGUAUUCCAGGAAUGUAUAGAGAAACGUUGUAUUGUGUACAGAGACAACUGCAUGUUGAAGGGUUCGACUGUAACCUGCCUGAUAUAGCUAGGGCCAGCUUUGCAAGCGUCUUCAGCAUCCUGGGCCCAGGCAAUUACGAUUUCAGGUCAUGCAAACUCACUCCAGAGAUUGGAAGUAUAUGCACUAAUAUCGCCCGGCUUAGUCAUUACACACUAAUAGCAAGCGGACCCUUUCUGUCAAAGAUGCAAUUUCAUGGCAACCCGAGUGGAACUUGUGUGUAUAGUACUCCGCUGGUUAGAUACGCUGAACAAAGUCUGGGUUACCUUGGCGUAAGGUGCAGUAAGUUCCAAAUUGAGGAAAGUUUCAAGAGCCAAUCAGCAAGCAGUUUUUUAAACAAGCACUUCCCUGGAGUGGACCUGAACGUUUGCUUUAAGACCAUUGGAUCUACAUAUGACAAAAACUGUGAAGAUUAUGGCACCAUAUUUUCCAAUGAUAAUGUCAUACGGUGCUUGGCAAGUCUCCCAACCGUUAAUCUCACCGAUAACAUGGAUCCCGAAGAUAAAAAGAUGCAGUGCAGGUUAAUAUACUAUGGUAACGUUAUAUUCUUACUACGUUGACGUAUUCAGCAUUUAUUAGGGGAACUUGUGUAAUGUAAAUAUAUAGCCAUUUUCAAUAGUUCACGAUAGUUUAAUUAGUUCAAAACAUUGCAUGUUUUUAAUUAGACGGUUUAUUUUCAAUGAUAUAAAUUUGAGUUAAUCAGGAAAAAUGUAUCAGUUUUGUACAGGAGAUUAUGGCAUGUAUGGUGCAACAGUUACAAGUGAUGGGAACACAAUGUUCUAUGGUACAAAUGACAUCAGCCUUGAAUAUCUAUUCACUUUUGUCAGGAACUCAGCGGCGUAUAACACAGUGUCCAAGUUAGUGUAAUUCAUCUACAUACAUUUGUCAGGGAUGAUAAUUAAUCUAUAGUUCUUUACAGAAUGCAUAAGACUGUAACAUGCCAACAUAUAUUUGUCAGGAAAGAGGAGUAUUUUAAAGCAUCGUACAAAAUUUUCCGGUUAGUAAUAAACUUGUAAAUAUUUGUAGGACAAAGGAGCAACAUUUCUCGUUUUAUAGAAUGUCUUUGUUAGAUAAAUAUCUGUUAUAGCUUUUUACUGAAUAACUGCAUAAGUAUAACAAACCUGCAUAUAUUUGUCAGAAAUGAGAAGUAAUCUAUGUAGCAGAACGUUCAUGUAAAUGUUACAUGUCUUGGUUUGUCAAGUUGCAAGAAAUGACGAGUUAUUUGCAGCGUAACACUGAAUGUUCAUGCACUUGCCACAGUGCUAUGCAGUUGUCUUUGAUGAUUCUACCACGACCCGAUUACUUUCCAAAUGAAACAAAGAAGACAGAAACUAUGUGUUAUUAUGGAACACAUUCACUGUUUGUUUAAUCACAAUUAGUAGGUCAAAGCGUCAAACGUCAGCGCCGCGCUGGAAUAGAAAACAAGACAAAACAGACACAUAUAUGGUGGAUAUCUUCAAGGAUGUAUAUAGGUCUAAUAAUCCUUGAUAUCGUGUUAGGUGUGUCAAACAGUGAUUUGGUCUUGAAUAAUGUCAUUAUUUGAUGUUCAGUUGCGUAUUAUUGUAAUUCUUUUGCAUCUAAAUUCAAACAAUGAUAUUAUUCAACGACACAUCACUAUUUGGGGUUUACUAUUUCCUAAAUAUACAAUUACUGUGUAGAUGUAAUAACAAUGGCCCUAAAACGUGUAAAAAUCCUGGUCUUGUUAAUGAAUGCUAGUGUAAUUAUUAGGUAUUCUCUUCUACCCUUUGGAGGAAGUGGUUUGUGAUUCGUAUUUUAAAUAUGCUUAACUGUAUAUAAGUACAUACAUGUACAUAUUUAGAAAAAUAAAAGAAUAUGAACAUGAUUUUUUUAAAUAUCGCUUUAACUUGACUUUGCGGCACAUGGUUUUAUUUAUACUAAUUCAGGGGGAGAGAUGCUAGUUUGAUCACAACCCCAUUGUCUGUAUAUGUAUAUGAUUAUUGAUAUCUAAUUAAUCUAUUCGAGAUAACGACAGUUACGUUUCUACAUCGAUGUGUAAUGACGACUUUCGAUUGGUGUCGUUCAUCGCUACAAGUGGGAACGUCCUGUUAAAAUCGCUGGAACAGUAUAGCAACAAGGAUCUUGUGUGUGCCACAUUCAAAACCGAAGCAGACGUUCUUUUGAACAACGUCAAUGCCAGCUGCUCUUCGUCUAAAAUAUUAUCGGCACUGACGUCCUCAUUCGGGAUAUCUUUCAUGAACGGACACUAUCCAGAGCUGGAUAUAAGUCACUGUGCUGCAGGCAAUGUCGCACAAUCAGACAGCAUUAUGUCGCAAGGAAGCAGAAAGAAACGUAAUGCAGUGGCAAUAAAGGACUGGCUGUGGAAAGAUCAGAAAAUUCCAUAUGUGGUAGACGAAAGUGAAUUCGAUACGGUUGGUGUAUUGAUGAUUAGCAAAGCAAUAAAAAAGUUCAACGAAGAUGUAGCUUGUAUCAAAUUUACACCCAGAGUCAACGAAUUCGAUUAUGUUCGUUUCAAAAGCGGACAAGGAUGCCAUUCAACUAUCGGUAGAGAUGGCGGUGAACAAAUAUUGACUAUUGGUCCAGACUGUUAUUAUCUGGGAGUAAUAUUACAUGAGAUGACUCACGCGGUCGGAUUCUUCCACGAACAAAAUCGAUGGGAUAGGGACAACUAUGUAACCAUAUUUUGGAACAAUAUUCAAACCGGAAAAGACCAUGAUUUCAACCUACAGGAUCAGAAAUAUUUGGAUACGCUUGGGGCACCAUACGACUAUGGAAGCAUUAUGCAUUAUGGGCCCUACAUAUUUAGCAAGGACCCAAGCAAGCCUACCAUGACUCCCAAGUACGAUCCCCACGUAGAAUUAGGUCAAAGGGAUGGAUUCAGUAAACUAGAUAUUUGGAAAAUAAACACCUUGUAUGGGUGUAAAUCAGGUGCCCCUCCGUUACCAGACUGGAUGCUUUACCUGUCAAGCACGUUGCAGCCUACGUCAAUGGUAGCAACUUCUUCAACGUCAGUCGUAACGUCAUCUACUUCCUCUGUAAAGCCGGGAAUACCAGGAAAACCAAAGGUUCUGGUUACCGUGUUUGCGAACGCAUUGAGGAUAAACUGGGACCAGCCAAUCUCCACUGAUCAGAUUACAGGGUACUUACUAUCGUAUAAACUAGAACCGAAUGGCCGCCUGCAACAGGUCCGGGUUACAGCUAACAAGUUGGCCUACUACCUGUCAACCUACACUAACCAUCCGGGCCGUAGAUUCACUAUAACCAUUGCAGCUAUUACAGACAAGGGUGUUGGACCCGAGUCAGAUCCUGUCACUACAAGAUCAGCUUGCUCUAAGACACUGUUCCUCGAUAAUGAAACAUUCGACAAAAUCCAUUCUCCAUUCUUCAAACACGGAUAUUACGAACAAGAUGUCGUUUGUCAGUGGGAGAUCAGGACGCCGCCUAGACAGCACAUAAAUUUAACAUUUACGGCUUUGAAUAUUUCCGGAACCAAUGAAUGUAGUGACGACUAUAUUCGUAUUGGAUCUUCAAGACGAUAUUGUAAUACGUCACCAACAAAUGGUGACAUCAUAAUGGCAACGAAUGACGUCAAGGUGACAUUUGUAUCAAAACCAGGUUCGGCAGACACAAAACCAGGCGGAUUCUCAAUGACAGCGUCAGCGCAAGGAUAUAGUCCAAUAAACCUCAAUAUCGACGAGAUGAUUGCAGGAUUUAAUAUUUCCUGGCAGUCGCCAUUGCAAACACCAUCUGCUAUGACAUCAUACGUCAUUAGCUAUAAAUUGACGUCAGAUGCAGUACACAAAGAGAUAGAUGUAUCACCAGAAACACGCUAUUUUCUACUGUCAACGUAUCCACAUUUUGGGAGGGAGUAUAGCAUUGAGAUUUAUGCUAAAUACCCGUCAGGAAAUAGUCAAUCGGCAGGGCCAGUCAUUCUUAGAUCAAAAUGUUUAAGAAACAUAACAGUUUCCGGUACACACGAACAUCUCAACAGCCCACACUAUCCAGGAAAAUACGAGCCAGGUACUAUCUGUGAAUGGAAUGUGUUGCCAACUUCCGGUCGGAGACUUGUUCUUCACUUUGAACGCAUUGAUUUAAACAACGGAGAUUAUGUCGACAUACUUAGUGAAGGGACCUACCUACGACUCGAUGCUCAGAACAAACCAGCAGGUCAAAUUGUAACAGAUUUUGCAAAAGUUCAGUUUGUGAGUGAUGACAACGAUGAGGCCACAGGAUUCAGAAUAAAUUUUUCAUUGACCUCGUUUUAAUGGAGACCACAAUGCUAACUGCAGUUAUUGUUCUAUGUCGGUUGUGCACAACAUAUUCUACCUCUUUUUCUUUUCGAAAUAAAUGUAAUUAUGUUUUUAUGUAUAACUUUAUACGACAUACUUGUUAAUACAAAUAGAGUUUAAUGGUGGAAAAAUAUCCAAGGUGUCAUAGUAGACAUUUUGUUAAUUAAACACAGAUGAGCUACCAACCUUUUGCUUUCCAACUGGAUAGCUUCUUCACAUAAAGGAAUUGUACACUUUGAGUGGUCUUUAGAAUACACAACUAAAGCAGUUCGAAAUCAUCCACGCCUUAGCUGUAUUCGCUCAACUAGUAUGUACUGGGUACCGACUUGAUAAUUUAAAAAAGUAAGCAAAGUAUCUGUUUUCCGCUUUUUCUAUCACGGCAAAUUCUCUUUGGCUCUGAUUAUCUACCAGAACAAAAGGGUCAUAAUUAUACAAACUUCCCCGAUAUCUCCUCAACAGCACCUCGACACAAAUGAUCUAACGAAACAACAUCUAUCACACAAUUAGUAAUGCUAAAUAUAAAAUCAGUUUAAUGAAAAUAUUCUUGUGUCUCUUUAAGUUCGAUGUCUUUCAAAAUGUUUAUCACACUCUUAUUCAGCGUUUUAGGCUACAUCACUUAAACUUGUGGAUAUUGUAUCAUGCUAAUCGCAGAGGUCAUACUCGACUGGACUGGUGCCACACUUAAACCUGUGGAUAACAUAUUAACCGCUGACUUCACAGGUCAAACUCGACUGGACUGGUGCCACAUUUAAACUUGUGGAUAAUAUAUCAGCCGUUCAUCGCCUUGAUGAAACCUGUCUGGUGCCAGACUUAAUCUUGUGAAUAAUGUAUUAGCCACACAUCGUAGAGGUGAAACCCGACUGAUGCUACACUUGUGGAUAAUAUAUCAGCCGUUCAUAGCCUUGGUGAAACCUGACUGGUGCCACACUUAAUCUUGUAGAUAAUGUAUUAACCACAUACCGCAGAGGUGAAACCCGACUGGUGCCACUCUUAAACUUGUGGAUAAUGUAUUAGACACACAUCGUAGAGGUCAAGUCCGAAUGGUGCAAAGACGGACAACAGUGCAGAUUUCCUCAAGGCGAGGACAUGUGAAUGAGCUUUAC